AUGGCCUACCAAAGCGCUGGCAAUCACUCGCCUCCGGGCUACGAUGAAGGUGCCGCCGGUCACCAGCUGCAAGAUAUCGGUCACGGUAACAACUAUGAAGAGGAAGCCUCCCAUGGGUUGUUAUCACACCAACAAGGCCCUUUUACGGGUCCUUUUGAUGAUCCGCAGCAGCGUGGUCUGUCUCCUCAGCGGCCAACCUCGGGUUAUAGCUUGACCGAAACAUAUGCUCCAGAGGCCGCCUACCAUGAUCCCUACAGCGGUGGUGCAUCUGUCUACUCCGCUCAAUCGGGAGAGACUCCGGCGGCUGCCUUUGGUGUUCCGGGCCGGGUCGCAUCGCCCUAUGCGCGCAGUGAGACUUCGUCGACAGAAGCGUGGCGCCAGCGCCAGGCCCCCAACGGUGGUGGAGGAGGAGGCGGUGGUAAUCUGCGUCGUUAUGCGACCAGAAAGGUCAAGCUGGUGCAGGGCUCCGUCCUGAGUGUGGACUACCCCGUUCCCAGCGCUAUUCAGAAUGCCAUCCAAGCCAAGUAUAGGAAUGACCUCGAGGGCGGUAGCGAGGAGUUUACCCACAUGCGAUAUACUGCUGCGACUUGCGAUCCCAAUGAAUUCACACUCCACAACGGUUACAACCUGCGUCCCGCCAUGUACAACAGACACACUGAAUUGCUUAUUGCCAUCACUUAUUACAACGAAGACAAGACCCUCACAGCCCGUACGCUGCAUGGUGUGAUGCAGAACAUCCGGGACAUUGUGAACCUCAAGAAGUCGGAGUUCUGGAACAAGGGAGGCCCUGCUUGGCAGAAGAUUGUGGUUGCCUUGGUCUUUGACGGUAUCGACCCUUGCGACAAAGACGUGCUUGAUGUGCUGGCCACGGUCGGUGUCUACCAGGAUGGUGUCAUGAAGCGUGACGUGGACGGCAAGGAAACGGUGGCUCAUAUUUUCGAAUACACGACCCAGCUUUCCGUCACUCCCAACCAGCAGCUGAUUCGGCCUACCGAUGACGGCCCUAGCACUCUGCCGCCAGUGCAGAUGAUGUUCUGCUUGAAGCAGAAGAACAGCAAGAAGAUCAACUCGCACAGAUGGCUCUUCAACGCCUUUGGCCGCAUUCUCAACCCUGAGAUCUGUAUCUUGCUCGAUGCCGGAACCAAGCCCGGUCCUAAGUCUCUCCUCGCCUUGUGGGAGGCUUUUUACAACGACAAGGAUCUGGGAGGCGCUUGCGGUGAAAUUCACGCGAUGUUGGGUAAGGGCUGGAGGAACCUAGUCAACCCACUUGUCGCAGCGCAGAACUUUGAGUACAAAAUCAGUAACAUCCUGGACAAGCCUCUGGAAAGUUCCUUCGGCUACGUCUCCGUGUUACCUGGUGCUUUCUCCGCGUACAGAUUCCGUGCGAUCAUGGGUCGCCCCCUAGAACAAUAUUUCCAUGGUGAUCAUACCCUCUCCAAGCAGCUGGGUAAGAAGGGUAUCGAGGGUAUGAACAUUUUCAAGAAGAACAUGUUCUUGGCCGAAGAUCGUAUUCUGUGUUUCGAGUUGGUUGCCAAGGCAGGCUCCAAAUGGCAUCUGUCCUACGUCAAGGCUUCCAAAGCCGAGACCGAUGUGCCUGAGGGUGCUCCGGAGUUCAUCUCGCAGCGUCGUCGUUGGUUGAACGGUUCAUUCGCCGCUGGAAUUUACUCGUUGAUGCAUUUCGGGCGUAUGUACAAGAGUGGACAUAACAUCAUCCGCAUGUUCUUCCUCCACAUUCAGAUGCUUUACAACGUGUUCUCGACAAUUUUAACCUGGUUCUCUUUGGCUUCCUACUGGCUUACGACGUCUGUCAUCAUGGACCUGGUCGGUACUCCCAGUUCAAGCAACGGCAACACUGGUUUCCCCUUCGGUACCAAGGCAACCCCCGUCAUCAACACCCUCGUUAAAUAUGCAUACCUCGGUUUCUUGCUCUUACAGUUCAUUCUCGCCCUGGGUAAUCGGCCGAAGGGAUCCAAGUUCUCCUACCUUGCGUCGUUUGUGGUGUUCGGUAUCAUUCAACUUUACGUUGUGGUUGACGCACUUUACCUGGUUGUACGCGCUUUCAGUGGAAGUGCUCCCAUGGAUUUCGAUACGUCUCACGGUGUUGGUGCUUUCCUCAGCUCGUUCUUCGGAUCCACCGGUGCCGGUAUUAUUAUCAUCGCGCUUGCGGCCACCUUCGGUCUGUACUUUGUGGCCUCGUUCAUGUACAUGGAUCCGUGGCACAUGUUCACCUCGUUCCCUGCGUACAUGGCAGUGCAGUCGUCCUACAUCAAUAUCCUCAAUGUCUAUGCUUUCAGCAACUGGCACGAUGUGUCCUGGGGUACCAAGGGUUCGGACAAGGCCGAUGCCCUGCCCUCUGCCAAGACAACCAAGGAGAACGAUGGCAAGGAAGCCGUGAUUGAAGAAAUUGACAAGCCGCAGGCGGAUAUUGAUAGUCAAUUCGAGGCGACCGUCAAGCGGGCUCUGACGCCAUAUGUGCCCCCGGUGGAGAAAGACGAGAAGAGUUUGGACGAUUCGUACAAGAGUUUCCGGACCCGCCUCGUGACGUUCUGGAUCUUCAGUAAUGCGUUGCUUGCGGUGUGUAUCACUAGCGACGGUGUGGAUAAGUUUGGCUUCACGAACUCUGCUACGACUCGGACCUCGCGCUUCUUCCAGGCCCUCUUGUGGUCCAACGCUGUGGUAGCUCUCUUCCGUUUCAUCGGAGCCUGUUGGUUCUUGGGUAAGACGGGAGUGAUGUGCUGCUUUGCCCGGCGGUAG